GCAUGGCAUUUCUAGCGUCCGGGGUGGUUUCUCGGCCGAUGUUGGCGGUGGCCCCAUGACAUCGACCAGCUCGUGUUGCGCAUCGAGGCGCUCGACAGCUCUAUCUUGCCCGUCUCAUACGGCAAUUGGCUACGUAUUGCGUGAUGGACAUCUACACUUCACUGCCGGCGAUGGACAUGUCAAAAAGGUCCCGAAUCCUCCUGCUUCUCUCUAUUUCUUAGCUCCAAUCACCACCACCAAGUCUGUCACUAUUAUUCUUCUCCCAUUGAUCAGCUUGCGGCACAGGCAAGAUGACCACAGACGGUGUUAAGGAGGUCCCCACGGACACGGUCCCCGCGAGCGACGACACCAAGACCCCGAAUGUCGCCUCGUCCUCGUCGUCCUCACUUACAGAAUCCGAUAACAGGGUGGUCAAGUAUGUAUCUGACGGCGCUUUCGACUCAUCGGAAGACCCCAGGUUCUACAAGCCCAUCCCUGAAUAUGAAAGCGCACAUCGCUGGGAUCCAUACUUUGAAUGGACAGAGGAAGAGGAGAAGCGUCUAAUUAGAAAGAUCGACCUUCGAGUAUGCACGUUCGCAUGCGUUACCUUCUUCGCACUUCAGCUCGACAGAGGCAACAUUGUCCAGGCAAACUCAGACAGUAUGCUUGCGGACCUUGGUAUGACGACCAACGAUUACAACAAUGGACAAACUAUUUUUUACCUUACAUUCCUGUUCGCGGAACUCCCGUCGCAAUUGCUUUCCAAGAAGGUUGGACCGGAUCGCUGGAUUCCUAUUCAAAUGGUCGCCUGGAGUUUCGUCGCGGCGUUUCAGGCAUUUCUCAAGAACAGGGCAGGAUACUUUGCGUGCAGAGCGCUUCUUGGUCUUCUAGAGGGAGGAUUCAUUGCCGACACCAUCCUUUUUCUGUCCUUUUUCUACAAAUCGAAGGAACUGCCGCAACGGUUGAGUUACUUCUGGGUUUCCUACGAGGCCACAUCAAUUGUCGGCGCUUUCCUGGCCUUUGGCUUUCUCCACAUCCAAAAUUCUGACGGUGGCGGCGGUUGGCGCUACCUCUUCGCAUUCGAGGGACUCAUUACAGGAUUAAUCGGUAUCAUCGCCGCAUUCUGGAUGCCUGCAUCACCCACCCAAACCAAGGGCGGCUUCCGUGGUAAAGAUGGGUGGUUCAACGAGCGCGAGGAGAAGAUUCUAGUCAAUCGUGUGCUCCGCGAUGAUCCCAGCAAGGGAAGCAUGCACAACCGUCAGGCGGUUACGCCGAAGAUGCUCUGGCAUGCUUUGUGUGACUACGAUAUGUGGCCCAUCUACCUGAUCGGGCUGACUUGGAUGAUCCCCAAUACACCCGCUACGAGCUACAUCACUAUCGAGUUGAAAGCCCUUGGAUUCGGAACCUUCGAGACAAACCUCUUGACCAUUCCCGCCUACGUCAUCUUCAUCAUCAACCUACUUUUCUGGACGUGGAUCUCGGAGCGCUUCAACCAGCGUCUACUUCUCGGCGUUGUCAGUGAGCUCUGGUGCUUGAUCUUGCUCAUCACGCUCGAAGUCCUGCCGGACGGGGUCAGCGCAUGGGCACGGUGGAUCAUCAAUGCUCUGUUAAUUGGAGCACCUUAUGUACACGCAAUUAUUGUGGCUAUGACGUCCCGGAACGCAGGCUCGGUUCGUACACGUACGGUUGCUAGCGCGGUGUACAACAUGAUGGUCCAAGCAUCUAGUAUCAUUGCCAGUCAAAUCUAUCAAGAGAAAGAUAAGCCUUACUAUCGUGUCGGAAAUAAGGUUCUGAUCGCCUUGUCCGUGCUCAGCAUGGCUUUCUUCAUUGGAGCCAAGUUCUAUUACAUAUGGCGAAAUAAGCGCAACUCUGCCCGCUGGAAUGCGAUGUCUACUACGGAGAGGGAGGAAUACUUGGCAGCUAAUCAAGAUCUUGGAAACAAGCGACUCGAUUUCCGUUUUACCCACUGAAUGAGCCUGAUGAUGAUGAUAUACCCCACCUUAGAUUACGACAAAAGUACAUUUAGAGCUCGAUGAGCACCCUACCGGAUGCCACCUGACGUCUAUAGAAUAGACAUAGGGCAACAUAAUACAUACAAUUAGCGAACACGAACCUCGAGUCAUUAAUCGUGUUAUUUAUAUAAUAUCCGUCGGCCACAUG